AUGGCGGAGGGGGGUUUCAAAAGUUUUUCUUGCAAGUCUCCGUCGGCUGGGGAGUUGAAACACCAAAAAAUGUACAAGAUGUCUACCCCGCCGUGGAAGGAUUCCUACCGGAAAAGUUGUAAGGAGCGGCUGGCUGCCAACAGGCAAACAUUCCUUGAGAAAUUGAGGAAUUGUGCAUCUCGCGAUGAUGUGACAACUUCACUUAAAAACUUUUUCAUCUCAGAGUGCAAUAAAACUGCAGGCAACAACCUCCAUGCUCACAUAGAUGAGAACACAGAUGAUUUGCUUAAAAUGUUUGAAGAGAUUAAUGGAGAACUGGAGUUGGAAGAGCUAGAGAUACUUCAUCAGUACAAGCACUAUGAAGAGUUAUGUGAUGAUGAGAUGAUCAACUACAUGGAAUCUAAUGAUAUCAUCACCUACGAUAGUGUCAAUGAUUAUACUAACACUUUCACUACUAACAAUAAUACUAAUGCAGUUCUUUGUCCGCAAACGUCCUUAACAUUGGAUGUGAUUGAGGCUAAUUUGCAACACGCAAUGCAGGACCACUCCUCAUCAUGUCCCGAUCAUCCAAUGUUUAGUGCCCUGCAACUUCAAACUGUUAAAAAUCUGCAGAUGUUAUGCAAGCAAAUGUGCUAUAAAUCUUGCAACAUAUCCUACUCGAGUUUGCUUUUUGAGAGCUUCUAA